AUGAAGAGCUUUUCCCAUAUCAAGGACAGUGUGGUCACGUCUUUCCGGACUGAUCCGAAUAUUAAUCGUGUCAAGAGCUGGGUUGGUCCGGUAUCAAAGAGGCUUCCGUCUGCGACCGCAGACUAUCUCGCCGAGAAGCUCCCCGUCGCCCAGUGGCUGCCUCAUUACAACCCUCAAUGGAUUCUCCGCGAUUUGAUUGCCGGCAUCACAGUGGGCGUGAUGCUGAUUCCUCAGGGACUGGCAUACGCCAAAAUCGCCACGGUCCCCAUUGCAAAUGGCCUGUACGCGAGUUGGUUUCCGCCGCUGUUGUACUUUUUCCUGGGCACCUCGCGUGAAUUGUCUGCGGGACCGACUUCGAUCCUCGGUCUUUUGACGGCAGAGGCGGUCGAGGACUUGUCGAAACAAGGCUACAGACCGGCCGACAUUUCCUCUGCCAUGGCCUUCAUGGUCGGUGUCUAUGCCCUCAUCAUUGGUCUGUUGAAACUCGGCUUUCUCUUGGACUUUGUCUCUGCGCCAGUGCUGACGGGCUGGAUUUCGGCCGUUGCUAUCGUCAUUGGCCUCGGCCAGGUCGGCUCCCUGGUUGGACUUGACCUGCCUCCUGACGUGGCUGGAAUAAUUCAUGACUUCUUUGCCCAUAUUGACAGCAUCAAGCCGUUUACGCUCGCAAUAGGUCUGACCGGUCUGGCAUUUCUGCUGAUCCUGGAGAAGGUUGGGAAGCGGAACAAGGGGAACAAGUACGUCAAAUUCGUUUGCACAAGUAGGGCCGUGAUUCUCCUCAUCAUCUACACUCUGAUCAGUUACUUGUGCAACCGCGGCCGUGGAAAGGAUCUGCUCUGGGCCGUCACCAAAGUAGAUACACAUGGCUUGCCGACCCCUCGUCCGCAUGAUUCCGCCCUGCUGCAGAAGGUAUCAUUGAGGGCAUUCGCUCCGCUGAUCGCCAUGUCAGUUGAGCACCUGGGUGUUGGUAAAGCGUUCGGCCUGAGGGGUGACUACAGCAUCGACAAGAGCCAAGAGCUGGUCUUUCUUGGGGUCAAUAACAUGGUCAACAGCCUGUUUGGCGCCCAGGCAACUGGGGGAGCGAUGAGCCGGACUGCUGUCAAUUCUGAUUGCAAUGUCCACAGCCCCGUCAACUUCCUCUUUACAGGCGGGCUCAUCGUAUUGACUCUUUACGAGCUCGCUCCCGCUCUUUACUGGAUUCCAAAGGCUACUCUGUCCGCCAUCAUUAUAAUGGCAGUUGCCCAUUUGGUUGCCCGUCCAAGCCAGUUCUACCGAUUCUGGAAGAUGUCCUUUAUGGACUUUGUAGGUUCCCAACUCGCGCUUUGGGUCACGCUUUUCACAUCUACAGAAAUCGGCCUGGCCACUGCUGUAGGCUUCAGCGUUGUGUAUACCUUGCUUCGUCUCGCGUUCCCGCGCUGGAUCGGGCUUUCACACCUCGAAACGGAAAACAACCACGUCUCCCUGCCUUGCACCAGCGCAGCUUGGACCGAUGUCGACAUCCCAGCCGAAGCAUACCUCGUUCAGUAUACCGACGACAUCCUCUUCCCCAACGCCGAGCGUGUCAAGGCUGCAAUUCUUCAAUCCGUCAAGGUGCAUUUCGAUCCGGCCUCAGAUGCCAACGUGGUUGUGGACAAGAGUAGGCGGACAUGGAAUCCCGCGAGCAAGAAGCAAAUCAUCAAGAUUCGAAAGAGGAAGGGUAUCACGGCAUUCAACGGGGAUGAGACACCGCUUCGGCGUGUCAUUCUUGAUUUCGGACGAGUGUCCUUCAUUGAUACUACUGGCGUCUUUUCAAUAAUUGAAUUAAAGAUGGAGCUGCGCAGAUAUAUCGGACAGGAUCUGGAAUUCCGAUUUGUCGGAAUGGUAGAUGCAGUCAAGGAGAGAUUUGAUCGUUCAGGAUGGGAAUUCGCUUCUCCCGGGAGGCAGCGUGCCGAGACUGCUGACGUUGUGUAUUCGUCUAUCAAUAUGGCGUUGUGGCAUCUGGAUGAUAAGGAUGACUUGUUGAAGGAAAAGGCCCUGGAUGCGUGA